GCCGCAGCGCCCCCUCGCGUCCGUGGGGAGAGCGUGGCGCAGCGGUCACAGCAGCGAUGAGGUCUUCCCUACCUCCUGGGAGCCCCCCGCCCCCACCACGGCUACGCAGAUGCAGGACACCACAGAAACACAGGCCGCCAUGGCAUCAGACGAAGGCAAGCUUUUCGUCGGAGGGCUGAGUUUCGACACCAACGAGCAGUCGCUGGAGCAGGUCUUCUCAAAGUACGGACAGAUCGCGGAAGUGGUGGUCGUGAAGGACCGGGAGACCCAGCGGUCGCGAGGCUUCGGGUUUGUCACGUUUGAGAACAUCGACGACGCCAAGGACGCCAUGAUGGCCAUGAACGGGAAGGUCUCCGGUUUCCAGUCUGUGGACGGGCGGCAGAUCCGAGUCGACCAGGCCGGCAAGUCGUCCGACAACCGAUCCCGCGGCUAUCGAGGUGGCUCUGCCGGCGGCCGGGGCUUCUUCCGAGGGGGCCGAGGCCGGGGCCGUGGGUUCUCCAGAGGAGGAGGGGAUCGAGGCUAUGGAGGGAGCCGGUUUGAGUCCAGGAGUGGGGGCUAUGGAGGCUCCAGAGACUACUACAGCAGCCGGAGUCAAGGUGGCGGCUAUGGCGACCGGAGCUCAGGCGGGUCCUACAGAGACAGCUACGACAGUUACGGUAAGUCCCGCUCCGAGGGCACCUCGCCGCCGGGGCCUGCACUGGGCGCUCAGUGAGCCUUGGCGCCCUCUGCGAGCGACACUCAGACUCUGUCACCGUGCUUGCCUCUAAGGGGCGAUACUGCCCUCUCGGUCUCUGUGCCGGCAGCCAUUUCUACCGCAAAACAUAAAGGCAGAACCAGAGUGACCAAGAAGGAAAGGCAGCGUGAGGGCCCCUCCCCCCUGCGCAGGCGGCAGAGGUGCCUGUGCGCCCUGCCUGCCGCCCCGCCCUCAGCUGGUGGGGGGGGGGAGGUUCUCCUGAGGCUGCGGGGCCGCGCCCUCCAGGUCUGGACCCGGGAGCGGAUGCUGCGUCUUGUCGCGUGCUUCAGUGCCUUUACGUGUCCCUGCUUCUUGUUCUCAGCUACACACAACGAGUAAAAAUCCUUCCUGCUCAAGAUCGUCCUUCCAAUGGCUGUAUAUUUAAGGAUUUUGGGAGCUUCGCUGAAUCGUUCGUGUGUAGUGAACACACCUCCUUGUACCCCACUUUUGUAGUCCUAUCCGUUUUGAUCUUGUCAAACACAGCCUGACUGCUUCUGACCCCCAGAUGGCUUCGUUCCUAGACGACUCUUCUUAAGGAAGCGUUGUCCGUUUUUAAGGGUUUUAGAAAUGUUCUGAAAAGCACUUCAGGUUUUAUUUCUUUUUUUCUUUUUACCCUGAGCCGUAAGUUUUUUAGGAAAUCUUUGGGGGUUGUGUGGGUUUUGGUUUUGGUUGUGUUGCCUUUCUUUGUUUCUCCUUUUAGUGGGGUCGGCCCGUGAGGUCGGGUGCCCCGGUUCACUUCUCUUUGAGAUUGAAUGGACUCUGAACCCGCUUUUUGCCGGAAGCUCAGCAAGCUGUGGCUUUUCUCCAGCUCUGUGUACCGCUUCUGCGCGUAGCGUGGUAGGACCCCUGCCGGGGCUGUGGCAGAGGUAGCCCGGCCGCCCCGGGCCUGGCCUUUCGGCCCUUCCGUGCUGCGUAUGACGCACAGCAAGAAUUGCAGAUGUCCCUUCGAGAGGUUCUUGAAAGUGUUUAUUUAUAUUGUCUUUUUUUACCGGAAGACGUACGCAUAACCCAUUGAUGUCGUAUCUGAAGCGGUUACGGAAUUCUUGUAUGCAGCUUUCUUUGGCUUUACGAAGCCGAUUAAAAGACCGUCUGAAACGAA